AUGGAUCCCAAUUAUACUCCACCACCUCAUCCAUUUUUCGCAGCCUAUGAUAUCCUCCCUGCCCCUUUGCCGACAAUCGAAGAGAUCGCCACAUCGCAGGAUUUACUCAAAGCAAGCACCGGCCGUCGCAUCGUCCGAGUUGGACCUCAUUUCAUCGUCAAGUAUGGAAUGAAUGUUGACUUGAAAAAAGGCCAAAACAUGCUGUUCGUCAGACAGAAUUCGGCUGUACCUGUGCCAACACUCUACGCGCUUUAUUCUCACCACCAAGAGGGCAAGAAACGGCCUACCGUGUACAUCGUUAUGGAGAAUAUUGCCGGAGAGUCACUGGAGUCGGGCUGGAGCUCCCUCGAUCCUACAGCCAAGAGCGAUGUGGCCCGCCAGCUACGCCAGUGCUUUGAACAGCUGCGUCAGAUACCCUCGCAUGGCUACUUCGGGGGUCUUGGGAGACAGCAGUUCGAUUACCCGGUGUUUUGGACCGACGACGAAGGGUUUCGGCGGGUUUUUUCAGGCCCAUUCGACUCGGAAAGGCAAAUGCUCGACGCCAUGGUUGAAAAGUAUCGACAGAUAAACCGCAACUAUAACAAGGCCGAAUAUUACGCACGGGUCCUUUCUGUGGCAAUAAAGAACCAUGACCCGGUUUUCACUUACGGUGAUUUCCAGCGGAAAAACGUUGUUCGUAAGAGCGACGGGACAGUGGUUAUUAUCGAUUGGGAGGCAGCCGCAUGGUACCCAAGCUAUUGGGAAUAUGUGAUCACAUUAUAUGCUUGCCAUUGGAACGACGAUUGGCAAUUUUGGGUCCCCAAAAUGCUCGAUGAGCACCUAAACGAGUUUGGCUGGAUGAUCAUGAUGUUCAAUGAAUUGUGGUGUUGAGUUGAAGUGGCUGUUACUGCUUGUUUUAUGAUCAAUGGAGUUUACGCGAGUUUAUAAUCGUCUUUUAAUCAUCUUUUAACGUAAGCCGUGAAAGAGAGGGGGGACGGUAAAGGAUUAGACGAGAAAAUUAGUCACAACUCUUGUCUCUUUUUGUUACGACUGUGCAGUUGGCCCCUGCCAGUGCGUGCAUAUAAGGAUGGAAUCGGAACUAAUGAGACAGCGGUGUCAUUACUGAAGCUUUUGCUUCGUGGUGCAGCGGUUGCCCUAACUCGUUCGUAACACUUUUCUUUUUGG